AUGAGCGGGGGUGGUGAUGUGUGUAGCGGCACAGUGGCGGUGUGCGGGCUGCAGUACACCACCUCACCCUCUCUCCCUUCAGCAGUCAAAGCGGCGCGCGAUAUCAUGCUGACGUCGUCCUCAACGUUUCCGUCGAUUCCAGGGGUGAGGGGAAGUUCCACGACAGGGGCGACAGCACACAGUACCGCAUCGACCCGUAUGGACCCUUUUCCGCAAAGCACCUUGCAGCUGUACCACUCGUACUACGGAUCUCUUCGAGGCACUGAGCCGGCCAUGCUAGCGACCAACGGUGGUGGUAGCAGUGCCGAGUGGGCUGGCUCCUUGACCUUGCCUGACGACCUCUCUGGCAUCGGUCCCUCGGCGCGGCGCCUGCUUCAGCUGGAUGCUGCACAUCAGGACCAGCAGCGGGCAAAGAAGGGCAAAUCAAAGAAGACGCCAGGCGCGCCGGCUGUUUUACCAGUAGCGUCUCGUAGUCUUCCCACGCAGUUGGGCAGGUCGAGAGCAGUCGCCACUGAUUCAGCGACAGCGGCAGCGUUUUCUUCUAUGGCGCCCUUGCCGGUGUCAGCGCAAAAGUGCAUGAGCGGCACGCAGAACGCCGUCCACGCCAGCACCGCUACCUCGCAUCACUGGGAGCACACCAUCGCCGCUCGCCCUCUCAUGUUGUCUUCCAAUAUCACCAACCGCGUCCACAGCGGCGGCGGCGGUGGCACGUCCACCAUUCCCGCUGCCGCAGCUCCACCGCCUCUGGUCACGCAGCUGCAGUGCUACAUCAAGCGCGAGAUCGUCCUGAACAGUGGUGGCGCUGCCAUUCCAAGCGCAAUGAAUCAGCUGAGCCCCUACCGUGAAGCCUUCCGCGCGUUGUCUUCUGCGUUUCCUGCGUACGCUUCUCUCUUGGACGACAUUCAGUGCGCGUACGACAAUGCCAUUCAGGCACAGGCGGAGUUGCUCACCGACGCCUACUCCGCCGCGGCCGAGCGGCACGUGGAGAGGAUGACGUACCAAGAGAAGGCGGCUGCUCUGCAUCAGCAAGUGAGCACGCUACAGGCCGAACUGGGCGAGAUGGCGAAAACCCUUGAGUCCCGUGCGCAUGUGGAGGGGGAGCAGCAGCAGGUGACCAUGCAGAAGUCGCGCACGAGCCGCACCACUGACGCGCUAGAGCUGCGCCGUGAGCUCGAGGCGGCCAAUGAACGCGUUUCCCAACUGACGCACAGCAGCCAAAUUGACCUGGAGAAGAUCCUGGUUCUCAUCGGUGCUGUGCGGGAGUGUGAUCGACGUCUGAAGGACUACGAGCGGCUGGUAACGAGUGUAAUGGGUCAGGUGAGCGAACUGGACGAGUUCAAGCGCAUCGCCGGGGAGGCCCAGACGGAGCUACAGCAAUUUAAGAACAAAUACUCGGACUACGUGCCAGCGGCGGACUUUUACCUUACGAGGGAAUACCUCGCCGCCGAGCUAAAGGCGGCCCAGCUGACGACGCGGCGAUGGCGUCGCACUGCGGCAGUGCGUGGCACACAGUUGGAAGUCAUGCAAGGUCGCCUUAGCACAUUGGAAGAAGACCGGGAAUCCCUUGUCAAGGCUCUUGCUGUUGCCACGGCGAUGCCUUCUGGCGGUGAGGCACACGCUUCUAGCACCGAGACGGUCCUCACGCCACGCCCGUCGUGGAAGCGACUCUACGAGCAGUACCCGGAAUUGGCUGGCUACGCAGCAGACGUGGGGCACCUCACGACUGAGCUGGACCGAGACGACGACAACGUGGAUGGCGUUGCGAACGAAGAUCGCAGUGCCGCUAGGAGGACCUCGGCUACCUCGAUCUUCGCGCUUGAUCUGCCGACAGUGAAAGGCCCAAAGGAGACUGGGCUGCAGGUGGAGUACCUCGUUCAGCGCAUCGUGACACUGGAGGGACUACUGCGGACGCAGCGGCAGGAACAGCCACUGCGGCACCCUUCCAGGGCAGAAGUUGUGGAGGACGGCCAUGCGUCAAUGAAUACAGCGCGCGCAAACUCCGAGAAGGCCUCGCAGGAGGUCAGCCUUGCAACCAAGGACAAGGCGAUGGACCCCUCUGCGAUGCUCCAGCACCGCAACUCCCGUCGCUACCACAGCGUUGGAGACCCGCUUCACAACACCGCCAGCGCCGCGAUCGACGGGGCAGCUGUACCGCGCUUGGCACAUCCUCUGGAGCUGCCCCUGCUUGGGCUUGGGUAUGGGACGCAGAUCCCGUUGUGUUGGCGCGCGAGCGGUGUUCUGCCCCGCCGCCCUGUCGCCCCUUCUACCAUUCUGUCGCUGGUAUACCACUUCUUCUUCGAUGUGCUUCCUACGUACCUAGACCAAGAGGAUAAAGUGCAGCAGACCCUCGAGUCGGACGGCACCCCGGUGCAGGGUGGCACCGAUGACCUCGCCUCGUUGCUCUACGAGCUACUGCAGUCAGAGAUGCAGAUACACGAGGAUAUGCAAGCAUACGACUCGGUUGCUCACCUCAUGAUGAACCUCGAGAGAGACGGCGAGAAGCGGGAGUGGUUCAGUGACGCCUUGCAUCUGUUCCUGUGGAUAGCAAAGGGGGUGAUGCCGCCACGGAUCGGUGUAGACGCGGCCGUCGUGGUCGCGCAGGUGAAGCGCGAUAUUCGCGCCUUGGCGAAGGAGUUGCAGACCUCGCGCUUGCGUCGUCAAGCACUGAGCGAGUGCCUGCAGCCGGUCCUGGAGCUGAAGACGGCAGCCGAGAUUGCCGAACUGCGCGCCGCCCUUGGCGGGGAGGCGACCUUCAACGCGAAUGUGCUCUGCAGCGACACGCAUUUGUUCAUGCAGGUGCUGCUGGUGCAGGAGUGUCGUGCAGGUAUGGAUCUCUACGUGUCUUUCCUCCGCGCCCUUACUGUAAGGGCGAACUUGAUGACUCGCAGUGAUCGUCGUGUUGCCACUGCUGGCUCUGUAGCGGCGGCGCCGAAAGGCGCGCGUGGCUUCAAGGCGCCAUCUAUGGCGCAACUCGCCGAAGGUGAUCGAGUGCUCUUCUUAGAAGACGUGUCUUCUGCCAUCCUGGAGGUGGAGCCGCGCACGCCAGAGGUGAUGCUGCGGGAACUUUCCCUGAACGCGGUGGGUAGUGCCCUGUCGGCCCCCACUCUGGGAGGUACAAUAGCAUCAAAGACGGAUGUUUCCGAGGAGCCGUCGGUGGUGGUUCGUCUGAGUGACAUGGAGCGUGCCAUCAGGGUCGCGCCGCUCAUCCGCCACACUGUACGCAGCUCCAAGGAGGACUGGGUCCUGUGA